AUGCUACCGAAAGACAAGCUCGAAAAGCUCCAAACAGAGUAUGCCAUUCUUCAUCUCGUGUACCAUAGAAACUACAAUCAGCAUCGUGUGGCCAUCUGGUGGCGACAUUUGAACAUGAUCCACCGUGGAGUUCGAAAAGUGCUUCGAGGGAUAUAUGAAGCAGAGGAGACAAAGAAGAUUAAGAGACGGGAGGAGAUACAAAAGGAGGUGGUGCUGACAGCAAAUCACUUGGUUCUCCGAGUCAUGAAAAGAGCAUACUACCAUUUCAACUCUGUCAUUGCUCUAGGGCAGUUUGUCAAUUUGGGCUUUGUCUUGGUUGCCAGUUUGAGUGCGCUACGACUGUUGUUAAUGGAGAUCCCGGGAGUCGGAGGUAGACAAGUUCAGCGAGAGGUGGUGACGCAAUUGGAGGAUGACGUUGGAGAGGAGGUGGUUUUUGAGCUGGUAUCGAAAGCUCCUCCUGAACCGUUGAUGAGUAUGGAUGUAAUGGCGGAGGCUUCAGUGGAACAAAAGCCUAAGAAACAGAAAAGUGAAAAGAAGGGCGAGAAAAAAACCAAAAAGAAGAAAAAGAGAUCCGCUAUCGAUGAUAUCUUCGGAUAG